CGCGUCACCAGCCCUGACGUCGUUGUUUAUAUAACAGAGAAAGGAAAGGUCUGGAGCUUGUUGUUGUUGUUGUGUCGCUCUGUUGUUUUGAGUCCUCCAGGUUGCUGAAACAUGAUGUGGAAGGCCGUCUUGCCUGUUCUUGCGACGGUGCUCGCCGUCGGGUUGGGGGUGUUGGUUGGGGGCUUCAGAGACGCAGACGUGAACGACGAAGGGGUUCAAAAUGCCCUCAACUUCGCCGUCGUCGAGCACAACAAGGGCAGCAACGACAUGUACCUCAGCCAGGUGGCACAGGUGGUGAAGGUUCAGACACAGGUGGUUGCUGGCACCAAGUAUGUCAUCACUGUGAAAAUGGGGAAGACUGCCUGCAGAAAGGACCAUGCAGAGGAAGUGUGUGCCGUCCACCAAGACCCAGAAAUGGCCCGGCCUUACCAGUGCACAUUUACAGUGUGGAGCCACCCAUGGAUUAAUGACAUCAGAGUGAUAAGUGAGAAGUGCUAGAAAGCAAGCUACGUGGGAAAUCUUCAGUUUUGCAUUGUUUGCAGAAGAACCUUCAUACAGAGUAAUAUGUAAUUUGCCUGUAGAUGAAGCGCAAGAGUAUUAACAUUUUCAUUGUAUACCUAUGAUUCUUCAGUGUAUGAUAGACUGAAUGAGCUUUAAAGGUCGGUGUUUAAUACCCAAUGCAUUAUAGCCAUGUAGAGAUCAAUUAACUUUUAGAGGAGCAACUUUCUAAUGAAUACGUUACUUACUAAACCAAGCAAAUAAUAAACACUUGUUUACUGGA